AUCUUCAGUGUCAUGUGGGCGAAGGAAGCUAAACCGAUACCGAUGGAGAGAGCCAUCUAGAGAAGGACGCUACAAGACAAACAUGGAGAUGCUAACAGAGUCUGUGAACUUCUGAUGAAAUUACGGCACUAUCAGACACUACAAAAUGGAGGAAAAGGCAAAUGGGUCUGUUGACCUCAAAAGCCCUGUGGAAAAUGGUCAGCUUCCUGACCCUGCCAACUGGGGCGUUGCUGAUGUUGUCAAUUACUUCAAAGCCACAGGAUUUGAAGAGCAGGCCACUGCUUUUCAAGAUCAGGAAAUUGAUGGAAAGUCUCUUCUCUUGAUGACACGUAAUGAUGUCCUGACAGGCCUGUCCAUAAAGCUGGGACCUGCACUCAAAAUCUAUGAGUACCAUGUGAAACCUUUGCAGACUCAACACCUGAAGAGUAAUGUCUCUUAGCAUCAAUAGAUCGUCCAAAAAACCCACCUCAAUGACAAUCAGUAUGUCAGGUGACCCCAGGCUAGCUGCCGCUUUUCAAAGACUCCUCUAGUGGCACCUUAAGAGAAUUUUUCAGUAUGUUUUUAUAAUUGUACUCCCUAAAAGGGCUGCACAUGGGGCCCACUAUGCUGUUUACCUGUUCAUUUAUUCUUAUACUGCUGCUUGAGAUGUUGUAUUUUAUUUUCUGUUAUUUAAUAGAAGGAGAUGUGGAUAUUUUGCAGGUAUGGUGUGUUUGUAUGUAUGUGAAAUGAGGUUAAACCUAUGUUUUAAAAGUAUUUAUAUACAAGAUGGUAAAUCUUUACCAUUUACCAUAUACAAGAUGAAAUCUAGUACAAAACUGUUGUUGUAUCAUACAUUGAAUUUCUAUGCUGAUGCAUCUCAUAAAUCUUCAAUAGAUCACUUAGUGAUCACAACUGUGCAGCUGAGUCCAUCUGUCCUGAGCAUGUAAUAUUUAGUUUGUAUUAUCUCUAAACAUAACCUUUGUUUAUUCAACUAAGACUCCAAAAUUAGAUUAUUUAUGUGUAAAUAUUCCUUUUUGUGGUGCUUUACCAUUGUAACUGAGACCGCUGUAAUGAAGUGUGUAUGACCAAUGUGCAACAAAACACUGGCUCUAUCCCUAAAAGAUUUGCAAUAAAUGGUGCUGUUUUCUCACCAAAGAUUA